GUAGAUAGUCGUACAGUACAGUACAUAUCUGUCACCUAGCAGGAAGCGUACAGACGCAGGUUUUCAGUACUGAUGGAAAAUGUGAACAUGCCGCGUGCGUGCAUGUGCAGUGAGUGCGUGAGUGCUACGGCACUGGGGCAACGGGUCUGCCGUCUACUUGCUUACUUUCUCACCUGCGUGCUCGAGAGCUUAGAUACCACACACCCCUACAGACAACAAACAAACGCGCUACCCCAGCCCCAGUCCCAAUCCCAUCCCCAUCACAAGCCCCCCAGCCCUCACCCGCCCCAAAAAUAAAACAAAACAAAACAAAACUAAACUAAACUAAACUAAACUAUAAAACUGAAAAACUAUAAAAAGCUAGCACACAUGGCGUAUCCUCGCUAUCAAGAGGCGCCGCCGGACACUCACUCCUACCCGCUCGCUCUUCAUCCCCCUUCUUCUUCUGCCCCUGCCCCUACACUGCCACAGCCACACACACUGUCCCUGUCUGUGGGUGGUAGGCGAGGAGACAAGCAAGCGUGGACUAUGAUGGAGGAGCACAGCAGGACAUAUACAGGUACAGCACUCUCAUCCCCCACCAACAAACGCCAAGCCCCUCCGCCCUCCGUCCCCCGCUCCGGCCCCGCCCCCGCCUCCGCCGCAACAACCCCAACCCCAAUCCUCAAUCCCAGCACGGCAGCGGGAGACGCACGCGCGCAGGAGCGGCUUUUGCGUGCAUGCGGAGCGGGGGCAAAGCGGAAGGCCGCGGCAAAGCGGAGCGGGGACAGGACAAGACUCAGGUAGGUGGGGGGGGGGGUGCGGGCGCACGCCUAGACCCCCUCCGUCCCGACUCCCGUCCCGGAUGCUUGGUACUGGAUGCUGGAGGCCUGGAUAGGCCUCCCGUCGUGCACCCCGCCUGCCCGCUUGCCCGCUGUGCACGUGCGUGCUACCUAGUGCGC